AAUUAAGAUGCCCUUGGUAAAAGCCCACACCAGUCUUAUCUUUCACCGUCCCACAACGGUCCGAUAGAAUGGGGGACUUCAUUCCAUUCCUUCGGGUCAAGAUGGAAGUUGACUCUCAAAACCGAGAACUAUUUAUUUAUUUUUUUUUUUAAAUGCAUGCUCACAUCAGUAGUUGCUACUUCGACUGCUGCACUACUGCAGUUUUUAAUGGCUGCAGCCAGCCUCCGUGAAAGCAUUCAGCUAUGGACGUUAUGUUUGUGUAAUUCUUUCGAAAGGCCCGGUCCUAAAAUAAAUAAUGACGCAGUUAAUAUUUUCCCAGACUUACAGUCCUGUUUACGAAAACGUCUCAACUAAUGUUCCGUGACUGUAUUGGAACACACAGGCUGCUGUAGUUUUGCUCGAGAAGAAAAAAAAAAAGCAAUCAGGUCCCGUUAACUAAAUUCGAGUCUUUCUUUCAGUUGAAAUACAUCAAAUGUAUAAUAGCACAUAAAUGUACUCAAAGCACAGGCGCUCUGUCUAUGCAUGAGCUUAUCAGUAGGAUAUAUUCUUCCAGACAACCCCAAAAAGGCUCGUCAGCCGCAGCAGCAGAAGCCGGCCCUUUAUUGCUAUUCUUAGCCUGAACCACAUGAGUCUUCUCUCACAGUGGAAGUGAGGAAAACAAUUUUACUCUCAAGGACUGAGGUAGGGUUGGACUGUAAUUCACGAAAACUACCCCUUCCGGAUAGCCUCUGCCUGCUUGUCAAAGAUCCAGACCGUACGCCGCGUCAAGUUAACUACAAGUUGACACACACGAGCGCGGAUGAAAGCGAAGUUGAAUUUGGUUAUAAACCCAAACAGCUGGCUUGACACAUAACUGACAACGCAAGCGAAAGGUUCACUCAUAGUUGACAAAAGAUGGAGCAAAACGGUCUCGUGGCGGCAACUUGAUAAGUUGUGGAUCAGAGCCCCGGCGUGAUGUCACAAUGUCAACUCUAUGAUGUCACUGAGAGUUAAAAGAAGGGUCAAGCCAUUACUUUCAUGCUACCCAUGUGUGCGCGUGUGGGGUCCAGCUCCUCAAUGUCAAGGAGAAAAAGCUGGUACUGGAUGGAGGUCUAUUUGGGAUGAGCAACAAAAAGAAACCUUCCAAAUCAGAGAAGAAACCUACUGUUCCUUCCCGUGAAAACGAGCCACAAAAAAAAAUUGUGAUCUGUAACCGAGGACUCCUUUACAAUGUUCGAGUUCCACGUGAGGAACCGCACGACGAUCCAAUAAGUCUUUCGGCGUCCGAGUACGAUAGAAUCCUCGCGAGAGCCAGGGACCCGAGUUUCCUGGCCAAGGAGAAAGAGAUCGGGGCAAAGGCUUCUCAAAUAAAAAACGACAACACUCAGGCUGCAGAAGAAAGGAAACGGCAGAUGAUUGAGAAGGACGCUCGCCUGGUGAAGCAAGAGGUACGAACGGACGAGCAGUGCAAGAAGCAGAGCUUUGAACAUUAUCGGCACAUGCGGUGCAGAGCUCAAAUGGAGAAGGACAAUCAGAUUCUCAAGCUGGACACCUGUAUUCAGCGUUGUAAGAUCCAGGCUGAGCUGGACACCCAACUUGAGUGGAAAAAGCACUGCGAGGCUGUAGAGAUUUCCAAAGAGAGGGCAGAGUUUGAGCGGGUUCGCAAGUGUCAUCGGGACGCGCACUUCAAACACGAGGAGAGGGAGAGGAGGCGUAAGGAGGAGGGGCGCCUCCACCUCGACGCACUCAAAGGGCAGAUAAGGGAAAAGGAGCACGCUGCGGCCGCCAGGCGUCGGGAGUGUCUCAACAUGGCCAAACAGGUGUCUGAGGAGGUUUGCCUCGAAAAUACGUGCAUCGAUGAGCUCAAGGAGGAGAGACUGAGCGAGCUCAGAGCUUCUGGGAUUGGGGACAAAUAUUGCAGUUAUGCCAAAAGGAAAACCACACAAGUCGGAGCAAAAUCCAAACAUUUCCAGUACCAUGCGCUGUGAGCUUUGACCAACGUGGAGUAAAAUGGAUACAACUACCAUGAGGACGACGAGGGCGAGGUGCUCGGCCAGCUGCGCACGGCACCGAGUAACAGUUUGUGGACAAGGCAGCCGCAAACAUUGACGGAUGACUGCAAGUUUGCCAACGGUGGCUGUCGCAAUGGCCGUCUUAUCACACCUGGAUGCCGAUCCUUCGUUACAAAACCAAAGGAUCUCGGGAAAGUAGAGUCUUAUCUUUAUUAAAUUAAAGUUUGUCUCUUCAUCUGACUAUUUUUGGCUUGGGCGGUUUUAUGGAUGGGCAAAUAACCUCUUCAUUUGUUUAUUUAAAACAAAAAAAAUGAGUGUAGAGUUGAGCCACAGCUGAAAACGGGCAACCAACAUGAGCAACCCCUUCAGACACCGUUAUUGUGCUUCAUACAACAGUCACGUGAUAAAACAAAUAAAAAUAAACCAAUCAUUGACUGUAAAUGUUCACCACAAUCUGGUAGGUCAACGAAAUUUAGUAAGAUGCCCGCACUUGCUUGCUUUUCAUGCCGGUGCUAGGUAGGUGCACUGAUCGUGAUACGAGAUGUUUACAUGUGCAUGUGAUGGAUGUCGUAAAGAGGGCAUUUUGCACAAUCACAUGACAUCGCUUGUCUUUUUUGUUCAGUUUUGUAGUCCAAGUGCCUAACCGUAUGCAAAUUAAAACUAACCAAAACAA